GUAUAUAUGUCCUACAAGCAAGGUACAAGCAUGUAAUACAUAUUUUUCUAGAUCCAGGAGAUGCAUUGCCCUGGGCAGUGUUAAAACAAGAAUACCAUCAAGGGAAGGAAAUUUAAUUUGGUUUUAGGUCAUAUUUUGUGUUGUGCUCUUCUCAAGAACAGGGAAAGUGUGUGUGUUUGCGAUUAAAGUGCCAUAUAUACUAACGUAUACGUUGACCUCAGGUAUAAAUUUAGGACUGGUUUGCAGAUAAAAUUAUGGAUUUUGAUAUGAUAUGUGGAUAAGUCAAGAGUAAUUCCCCAGAAAGGGAAAAGCACCAAUGCUGCCCCUGGCCACUGCUGCCAUUUUCCCAUCCAGGCAUUCAAGAAAGCCAGAAGCAGCACAAGAGUGGAGAUAGCAGUGGUGGGUAGUGUUUCUUUUACGUUCUUCUAGAAUGGACUAAUCUUUUGCCUUUUGCCACUUUACUCAUAAUCACAUUGACCCGUGGAUCAGACAAUCCAGGUUUCUCGUAAAGGAACGGUUUUAUGAUUAAAAUUUCUCGACUUAUGUUUGAUACUGUAAGGUAAGACUUCUAGUUUGAGAAAUAGAGCGUUUUGUAGCAUCUCUUGGGGUCAUGACCUUUUAAACAUAUCAGUAUUCUCAUAGUAAUAGUAAUCUUGGAUACAGAAUAAGCCAAUAAUGUACACCUGUUGGAGAUAUAGAUCCAAACUAUGCAUGAACAAAUGCCUCAUAGUACUUUUAAAGAACUUUUUUGGGCCUAUUUAGUGUCCUCAGAAAACAAUAUUAAGUAUUAUCCUCUAGCUCAUUAAAUAUGAUUUAUUACAACAGAAAUUAAGUUUCAGUAAUGUGUGCAAAGCAAUACAGAUAUUUUGUGCACAGCAAAUAGCUAUGGCAGAAGCUAAAUGAUCUUUCAGCAAUCUAUAAUUCAAACUGCAAGAUUUCUUUUAGGAGGCAAAAUGAUUAAACUACCUUAUUAUUUUGUUUUUCAAGAAAGAGCUAUUUACCGUGAAAAAUGCUGUCAUGAUUUUAUAGUGAAGAAAGCAGAACAAUAAAUUUUUAAAGUGAAACUAAAUUGUUUGUAAUAUGUAUGCAGCCACAAUUAUUCCUUGGAAUUUUUUAAAAAUGAAAAUAGAAUAAGAUAUUUGCUACAAGCCAGUAGCCACCAAAAUUACAUAAUCAUCAAAAAAAAAUGGCAACUUUGUUUAGGCUAUAUGUUGCUGACCAAAAACACCAAAAUUGGGGGAGAGGGGUAGUUUGGAGUUUGAUAUAACAACUCCACUGUGGAUAAUGGUUAAUAUUCCAGAAAAAUAAGAAUUUUGAAAGGUCACCAUGCAGUUAUAUUUAUAUGCAGUGUGUUCGCAUAGUACAUCUGCAACACCAAUUUAUCAAAUAAAAAUUUAUGCAUCACAUUUUUAAUUUGGUAUUUUAAGUAUAGAAUUAAUGUAAAUCAAAACAAUGUAAAAGUACGGCUACAAAAAAACAAAAACGGACAGAAAGAUGGGUGAGAGGAAAAACAGAGGCACCAAAGCUGCUUGCGUGCAUUCUGACUGCAAUGACAGCCAACUGCUAUACCUCAGAAGAACAACAUGGGAUUGGAUACUGUCACAAUAAAGCUUCUGUGUGUGUGUGUGUGUGUGUGUGUGUGUGUGUAUGUAUGUCUAGUAAGAAAAACAAUUAUUGGAUAAAUUAAAGUCAAACCUUUAUUAUAAACAUUUUGCAAUUUAAAUCUCAAGUCUACAGCAUCCAAAUGAAAAACGCCUCUGCUCUUCAUUGGAAACUACAUACAGGACACUGGGGAAUAUAUUAGUUUGUAAAAUCUCGUAUACAUCCAUUUCAUCAAUCCACCCAGAAGAACUCAAGGAGCCAUCAAUAUGACUUCCAAUAUAUCAGAGAAAAGGGAUAUUAUAACCUAUUUUUAGUAUAAUUAUGUCAGUGAAGUAUUUUCGUUUUUCUACUGAAAAGUGCAUACUCAAAAUAAUAAAGUAUUAUUUCUAAAACCACGGCAUAUAUCAAUUACUAUAGCUUGAACAGCACCAUGUAAGAAAUCUUUUCCACAAUUUCAAGACAUAGCCUGCAGUUCUCCAGCUAAGCCUCACAGUGCCGCUGUUGGCCAACAUAGUUCUCAAAGAGCCUUUGAAUUCCUCAUAUUUGCUGCAGAUCAGGGAAACUGUGCAAACACAUCUCCUUCUAUGCAGCCAAAUACAUUCUGGAUUCUGAUGGGAUUGGAAUUUAAAAUAUUUCAGAUCAUCUGAGCACACCAAAGAAGGCUAAAGACAUUUUUCUUACUGUGUGGAAUGGAGGAAAGGCACAAUGAUUACAGCAAAUCGCUACAAAGGCAAGUACUUCUCUUAUUAUUCUCUUUGUUCUACAAAGCUGCAUCAGAACAGAUUCAGUAUUCAAUUCCUGAAGAACUCGAGAAGGGCUCCAUGGUAGGAAACAUGGCCAAAGAUCUGAGGUGGAACACAGAACAAAUAGCAAAUGGCAACCUGCAUAUUCUUUCUUUAGGAGAAAAGCAAUAUUUCAUUAUUAAUGCAGAAAAUGGGAAUCUCUAUGUAAAUGACAGGAUUGAUAGAGAGGAAAUCUGUGGGGAAACUACUAAAUCCUGUGCUAUUAGUUUUGAAGUGAUGGCUGAAAAUCCUACAACAAUUUUUCAUAUAACUGUUGCAAUCCAGGAUAUAAAUGACAAUGCACCAGGUUUUUUGCAUGGUGAUAUCAAGCUAGAAAUUAUCGAAUCAACAUUGCCAGGAACAACUUUUAUGUUACAGGAAGCAGAAGAUCCCGACAUUGGGGUAAAUGCUCUACAAGGUUACCAUCUGGAUGACAAUAAGUAUUUUAUUUUGGAAAUAAGAGAGACAGAAGAUGGAAAGAAAUAUGCAGAACUAGUACUAGAAAAACAGUUGGAUCAUGAAAGUGAAAGCACAUUUCAUUUAAUCCUUAUGGCUGUGGAUGGAGGAAAGCCUCCAAGAACUGGGACAGCUAAAAUAUGGAUUAAUGUCAUUGAUGCCAAUGACAACCCACCAGUCUUCACUCAAAAGAUAUAUAUGGUGACACUGAAGGAAAAUGUGCCAAGUGGGUCUCUAGUGGUACAAGUCAAAGCAACAGACAGAGAUACAGGUUCUUAUGGACAGAUCAACUAUGGCUUUAGAAACCUCCCUGAACAUGCUUAUAAGAAAUUCAAUUUGGAUUCAAAAAAUGGGAAAAUUACAGUUAAGGAGCCUCUAGAUUUUGAAGAAACAGAAAAAUAUGUGAUGAUAGUUGAAGCAAGAGAUGGAGGUGGAUCGGCAGCUCAGUGUAAAGUGGAAAUAAAACUAUUAGAUGAAAAUGACAAUGCCCCAGAAAUUAUCCUUGCUUCGUUGUCCAGCCCAAUUCCUGAAGAUUCUGUGCUUGGGACUCUGAUAGCACUUAUCAAUAUAAAGGAUAGAGAUUCUGGAGAUAAUGGUGAAAUUACUUCCUAUUUGAAAGACUUUUUGCCAUUCAGAGUAGUAUUUACAUCUAAUAAUCUCUACAAGCUUCUUACAGAUGGUCCCUUGGACCGGGAAAUCACUCCAGAGUACAAUAUCACAAUCACAGCAACAGACAAAGGUACACCCCCUCUUUCAACAGAGAAAACGAUCUUCCUAAAGAUUUCAGAUAUCAAUGACAAUGCCCCUGCUUUUGAGAAAUCCUCUUACACUGCCUAUGUGCCAGAAAACAAUCCUUCAGGUGCCUCCAUUUUCCAGGCCCGCGCCUCAGAUGCAGAUCUAGAACGCAAUGCUCAAAUCACUUACUCCCUCCUCAGAAGCGACAUUCAGGAACUGCCUCUCUCGUCUUACCUCUCCAUCAACUCUGAAAGUGGCAUCAUCUAUGCCCAGCGCUCAUUUGACUAUGAACAAUGUCAGGAGUUUCAGGUGGAAGUGAGAGCCCAAGAUGGAGGCUCCCCUCCCCUCAGCAGCACUGCCAUUGUGAAGGUCUUCAUCCUGGACCAGAAUGACAAGAGCCCUCAAAUACUUUAUCCUUCUCAGGGACUUGAGAGCUCAGCCUUAUUUGAGAUGGUGCCUCGCUCAGCCGAGGAGGGUUAUCUGGUGACCAAAGUGGUGGCAGUGGAUGCAGACUCUGGGCACAAUGCUUGGCUCUCCUACCAUCUGGUCCAGGCCACUGAGCCAGGGCUCUUCACAAUUGGGGUCCAUAAUGGGGAGAUCAGGACAUCACGGACAUUUUUGGGAAGAGAUGCUCUCAAGCAGAAACUGGUGAUCUUAGUGAAGGAUAAUGGCCAGCCACCACUAUCCAGUUCUGUGAGUCUUAACCUGGUGUUUGCUGAGACAUUCCAAGAGGCCCUUCCUGAAAUAAACAGCCAACCCAGGGACCCAGAGUUUCAGUCGGACCUCCAGUUCUAUUUGGUCCUUGCCUUGGCUUUGAUUUCCUUCUUAUUCCUCCUGACAGUGAUUCUGGCCAUUCUGACAAAGCUUCGAAGAUCUGGGAGUCCCAAAUUCUUGGAGUGUUUUGGUCCAGUUCCUCAUUCAAACAAUGCUGUCAUAUUCCCACCAAACUACGAAGAAGGAACUUUGCCUUAUUCUUAUCAGCUCUGUUUAUCUUCUGAGUCCAGGAUACAGGAAUUUACCUUUCCAGCUCCAAGUGUUCAAACCUCAGAUAAUAUUUACUGCAAUCCUCAAUCUGAUGUGCUUUUGACAGCUGAUCAAGGAAAUAUUUUAAAGGCAGAGAUUAAUAAAGCAGAUGAGCAAGCACAGCCUAACACAGACUGGCGUUUCUCUCAAGCUCAAAGACCAGGAACUAGUGGGUCUCAGAAUGGGGAGGAAAAUGGAACUUGGCCAAACAACCAGUUUGAUACAGAAAUGCUUCAAGCCAUGAUUCUGGCAUCAGCAAAUGAAGCUGCCGCCGCUGCUGCUGCCAACCCUGAUGGAAAUUCCACCUUAGGAGGAGGAGCCGUGGCCGGGACCAUGGGCCUGAGCACUAGGUAUGGUCCGCAGUUCACCCUGCAGCACGUUCCUGACUACCGGCAGAAUGUCUACAUCCCUGGAAGCACAGCCACCCUCUCAAAUGCCGCAGGCAAACGUGAUGGGAAACCUGCAGCUUCUGGAGGUGGAAACAAGAAGAAGUCAGGGAAGAAAGAGAAGAAGUAGAGCCCACAGGACAACACCUCUGCCAUCUGACAUCUUAAAGGGCAGACUCUCCCAGCACUCCCCCCAAUUCAUACCCUAGGAUCAAGGAUGAAUGAAUGUGUAUUUGUGGUUAGAAAAAACAAAACAAAAAACAAGCGUGGAAGAUAGUGAAUGUAAAAUGUUGUCAUCAGAGCUAUGAGUAAUUCUCCUACUGUUACUCAUGAUGUAAAAGUAUCAAACAAAAGGAAAGCCCUGUGGAUAAUGAUGAAUAUAGCUAAUGCUCUCUUGAGGGUAAUCUAAUACACAAAAGUGUCAGAGCUUUGAAACAUUUUAUUGGUAGUUGUUUUGCUCCAGGGUAAUCUGCACAGCCAACAAGGUUUAGGGUAAAGAAUUCUUCUAAAUUAGGGGUAGGGUGUAUUUUUAUUCUUAUUUUUCAUGUUAAUACUAUUCUCGCUUUUCCAAAUUUUGAUGAAAUUUCAUGGGAAGAAAGAAAUCAAACUGAAUGGAAUCCUUGUUAUGAAAUUGAUAGGGAGUGCUUUUGUUCCUGCUUUGUUUCAAAAGAAACAUGUGUUUAUUCUGCAUUAUUACAAGGGAAUGAGAUUCAGCUGCAUUGCAAACAUUUUAUUUUUUGGGUUUUAAUCAAUGACAGCCAGAAAAAUAAAAUUGAAAUGAUGAUGCCAGAGAGUCAGGGCACACAAACGCAUUGCGAUAGGAGCCCUCCUAAGGGUGCAUAUUAGCAAAGUGGAGAACGUUACUCUAAGUGAUUUGCAGUGGCCUCAAAGAGACAUCUCAUCUACACUUUGAUCCGUAAAUAUUUAUGUGUACAAUAUUUGUUUUCUGAAAUAAGUUUUAAAAAGUUGAAGUCACUUGCUUGUGAGCAUAGUGCGCUGCUGCUCGUCUAAGCACUGAAAUCUUUCUCUUAGUUCUACAGGCAGAUCUCUUUGUUAGGUGAAUGGGCUCUGGUGGCCUUGUAGGUAGAGAAAUUUUGAAAACGGAAUGCUUCACAUUUUUCCGCACAUCAAGCUGCAUGCAAAACACUCACUUCAUGCCUACAGUAGGACCGCCAUCUCCACCAAAGCUAGAGUAGAGAAGUCAUUGCAUGCCAUAAACAGCAUGAUGUAAAUAUGCUGUCAAGUGCCCACAUCCUGGUGGAACAUGAGCAUUGUCUGUCUGUAAGUAGAGUUCAGUAACAAGAUGCAUUGGGGAAGAGCAGUAGGAAAGUUGCAUAUUCUUUAUGUCUGUGCAGCACACCAAGAAAUAUGCUUGGUUUGCUGGCCUUCACAAAUUGAUAUUAACUCAAGAACCAUUGAGUUAAAGAAACUAAGGGACCAGACCCAGAUAAGGAACUAAAACUGGAUAUAGACCUUGGACUGCCAAGCCAGUGACUCUGUCCCUGAGGUAAAGUUCUGAACACAGUAGAAAUGACUAAGCAUUGGUAUACUGAAAGUCCCUGGGACCCCAUUACCCCUAUCUGGAUAUGAAUCCACGAGUUUGUUUUCUAUUUUAAAAAACCCUUUACUGUGCUUUGAAAUUACUUGUUUUAGGGGUUUAACUGCAUUAUUUCAUAGUCUAGUAUUGACAGGAUGUACAGCUUUCUUACUUGGUGCCAUUCUGCAACUUAUGCUCCUGUCCCCUCCAUCAUUUAAGCACAGACAGGAAGGGAGUUGCAGUGUUUUCUUGGCACUCCUGGUUGCCUUUCUGUGGGUUACCUCCACUUUCAGCUGACUUCCUGUAUCACAGUAGCUGAACCACAAAGGUGGUAUAUUUUCAACAUAGAGGGUUAACCACUAGCCCAGGAAGGUUAAGUUUUCUUAGACCUUAAUAAGCAGCUUGCCUGAUGUGGUCAAGCCUUUUUUUUGGCCAAACCAGGUUAUAUGUCUGACGCUUUCCAAAAAGCUGCAGUCACUGGCUGUUUAAUUAUUACUUGCUAGAGCAUUUUGCUGACUAUUUCUAGAAAGCAGGACCUGUCUGCAGGGAAAAAACCACAUCUGUCUACAUAUGAUUUUGUACUGAUCCCAGUCACCCACUCACCACCCCUUGUGUUUGGUGACAGCACUAGAAACAGUUUACAUAGCUAUUUGAAACAGCAUAUGAUCUGCUGGGAAGUUCUCCUGCACCAGCCUUGUUGAGAUUGAACAGAGCCGUGCAAGAGCAAGAUCGUCCUGUUGUGCACCCCAUUUAUUUCAGUGGGACUUCCACAGGUGAACUUCUCACUGGAUUGUGCCUAAGGCUUAUUAUGUACUGAAGUAGUUAUUAUGUGACCCUUUCUUAAAGUACUGUAGAUGCAUUUUAGUCAUUCCCUUUUUCCUUUUAAUCAGCAAGCUGAAAGUAGUGUAGUGGUGCUGCAAACCUAGUGAUGUGUAGGUUUCUUUCUCUUUUUAAAAAUCUUAGUAAUUGAGUUGUGGACAUCAGUAUUUUUUAUUCCUUUGUAUCUUCUUUCUGUGUGCUCUUUGUGCUUUUAAAUGUAUGUGAAUGGAAACACUUACUUGUCCUUUCAAUGUGUCUAAUAUUGAACUAUACUUAUAUAUUAUAUAUAUGCUUAUAUCCUUCUUAUAUCCAUAUAGACUGACGUUGAUGUGUUACACGCAAGUUUUAUACUCUAAUAUUUAUAUUGCUCUUUUUUUUCUUUGGGAAAAAUAAUAAAAAAUCUUCUGAUA